AGGUAAAUUGUUUAGCUUCUUGGUAUUUGUUCAUCCCGGUGAUUUAUCGAUGCCAUCCAGAGUUCAGAGUCUAUAGUUACAGUGUCUGUAAUAAAUAUUCGAAUGACAACUACAUCCAUGUGUUGUUUGCUCGGCUUCUGCAAAAGUAAAAGCAAAAAUAAAUUAAAAAACAACAUCAACAAAUUUAAAUCAUAUAUAAUCUAAAGUGGUUAAAUGGGUACAAAUGAGCCGGAGAUACUAAGGUCUAUUGAAGAUCGACACAAAGCAUUUGUACGGUUCAUCAAUACAACACCAUAUCCGAUUGAUGUUCUAUGGAUUAAUUACCACGGACAGGCUGUGCGUUAUAGUAUCCUGCAGCCUCUGGGUACAUUAGAUAUCAAUACAUUUGCUACUCACCCAUGGAUAUUUGUCGAACAUGAAACAAGAGACAGAUUUAUAGCUGAGGGUAAGGACGUUUUCUUCCCGCAGCCUUGGUUCACUCGGUACUUAGGUAUGUCACGGGAUCAGUUGCCUGAACACAUUUCAAGGGUUGAAGUUCAUAUCACACUACCCAUCUAUUCGCUACGCGAUAUUUCCCUCAGAGCGAUAAAACGACUUUUGCGUCACGACUUACACGCUUUUAGUCUGGAUAUACCCAAGAGUUUGCAGUGCGAGUUGGCUUCAAUGCUACCCAGGAAAGGUACUUCUGGAGAUACCUGACACAUCAAGUAAUAUAAUCACGUGCUCAUUGCGGUUAUACACCUCUGCUAUUUUAGAGCACUCAUAUACGUGUAUAAAGGAUUACAUACACGUUACAUUUCAUCUUCAAACUAUUUCUGUGUUGUUAAUUAUUCACGUGAACUAAAUAAUUCGUGAUCUGGCGAGACGACCCAGUUCGGUAAUCUGAAAACUUUCAC